GCAGUUUCAAGCAUUUGGUUUACACACGUGAGCCAAUCAAAUCAACGUUAGUUUGUGUCAGUGAAGUGAAAAGACGUUGAACAAAAAAUAUCGAUAAAAAUGAAGAACGCAUACUUAUUAGCGGUUCUGAUUUUCGGUAUUGUUAGAGCGAGUGAAAUCGAUAAGGAGAAAUCCCCUGAAGAAGCGUUGAAACGAGGUUUGACGAACAAAUGUGUGCAGCGAGAGACAUCUUCGUGUAUAGCUAUCGAACUGGUUGGCUACGUGGAUCGGAUGCUCAGGACAGCAUCCUUCCAGCUAGGAGAUGAUGUUAUGAUUGUUGAUGAAAGUCAUGGAGCCGCAGCUGAAAUCCCAAUUAAAUCAGAGACCCUGGCCAGAGCCGGUACAUCACUGGAAGACCAGGCACAGCAGUUCAUCAUGGACAAGCUGUGGCACUUCGUCAGCUCGCGGUCCUUGAGGUACAGGCUGCUGAAUGAUGCAGACCUGGUCAUCUCUGGCAAGCAGGAGAAGGACGGAAGCCUUGGUGUUGGUGUAUCAAUGAAACCACCAAAGGUCUUCGAAAGUGGAAGAGGCCGUCAGAAGCCAUUCGGGCCCGUGUUGGCCUUGGCUGCCCUUAAAUUCGGAUUGUUCGGUGCCCUGACCUUCAAAGUCUUGGCCCUCAUGGUCGGAAAGGCCCUACUGAUCUCAAAGAUUGCUCUCUUACUAUCAACCAUCAUCGGAUUGAAGAAGCUAUUCUCUUCUCAGUCAAUCGAUUCAAGACAAUCGUUUGGAACUGAGUAAACCAUUCUUUUAAUGAAAGUACAUUAGCUUAAAUUAAAAGAAAUUAAAGUACGAAUACUUUUCAGGCUAUUGUCAAAAAGGACUAAGUCAAUUGGAUGACUGAUACUGAAUGGAGUUAACGGCGAUACUUACCUCAACAAAAUAACCAAUUAAAAUGAACCUUAUUACACAAUCUUGCUUGGGCUGAAACAAGAAAGAUGAAAAAAAUGGAGUGCAAUAAACAUUGACACAAACUAAAUAUUAGAGUGACUGUACCAAAACAGAUAUGUAUUAGGUACCGGUACUAGGGUUAAAAUAGACCAAAGAAUACAGAAAUACUCCUUUUUGAAGUCUUUUGUAAACUUAAGUUUACGUGCUGAUAAAAAUAUUUUGGUACAUUAACUUAAUGUACCAAAAUUAGAGAGGGAAUAACAAUGACCCACCAAAAGCAGAGAAAAGCGUAAGAAAAGUGUAAUAGGUUUCGUUUACGUAAAAGUUGACAAAACGUACCAAAGAAAUAUACAUAUAAAAGUAAAAUAAUGACUUAUUAAAAAAUACAAAAAAAAAGUUUAAGCAAAAUGAGUCAGAAAAUACACAUCAAAUAAAAUGCAGCUAAAGUUUUGUCGACUUUUAUUUUUAUAUUAUUAUUUAUUAUUAUUUUUUCAAAAUAAUAAUUUAUUAUUAAGUGUACACGUAUUAUUAAUGUAAAUAACACUAUUUAUUUAUUUAUUAUCAUGUUAACUAUAGUCGUACUCACUAACUUGUACAAUGAUGCUAAUUUCGCAUUUAAAUAAUAAUUACUAAGCAUUUGCCUUAAUUAUUAAUAUAAUAAUUUAUUAAAAAUUUGCAUUAAUUGUACUAAUUAUUUAUUGUGGAAUAAACGAAUUGAAUACUAA